ACUUUGUAGAUGACUUAACACAUUCAGAGGGCAGGAAGGAAGUCGGAAGGGCUGCUCUGCUCCCUUCGCUCUCCUCCCGUGGGGCAGCGGCUGCAAAUUCAGCCUCGUUAACUCCCAGGGAGAGGGGGGGGGAAUCCCAAAAUGACCCCCCAGGCCCCCCCUGAGCCCCCCAAAUGCUGCUUCUUCAGCAUCAAGACGGCGACAGUGGCUCUGGGCAUCUUCCACAUGGUCAUGAGUGUUUUGCUGCUGAUUGAGUAUUCCCUGGAGGUGUCCAACGGGAAGGGUUUCUGCAGAGACCUGGCCAAGGAUUACUACAGGAUCGCCGAUGUUGUCACCAGUUUCCUGCUGAUCAUCAUGUUGUUUGUCAUCAGCUUCAACCUCCUCCUGGGUGUGCUGAAGAGGAGGGAACGUCUCCUGAUCCCCUUCCUUGCCCUGCAAGUCAUAGACUUCCUGCUCAGCCUCCUGACCGUGUUCAGCUCCUACCUGCAGGUCCCAGUGAUCCUUUCUGUGUCCUCCCUGAGCCACACGCAGGGGCGCUCCAAGAUCCCUCUCCUGGCUCUGCAGCUGCUGGACUUCUGCCUGAGCAUCCUCACCCUCUGCAGCUCCUACAUGGAGGUGCCCACCUAUCUCAGCCUCAAGCCUUCAGACAGCGGGGGAUUUUUGCCAACCCUGGAGAAGCUGCCAGCAGAGGAAUAUGCCAAAGUGAUGAUCACCUUCACCAUCGCCUUCAUCGCCGUCCUCUUCCUCAAGGCCUAUAUGUUCAAAUGUGUCCUGAGCUGCUUUAAUUAUAUCAAAGCCAGCAAGAGAGAGGAGGUCAAAGUCGACCCACAAGCAGUUGAAAAGGCUGUGCUGCCAUCCUAUGAGGAAGCCUUGGAGGUGCCUUCCAAGGAGUCCCCACCACCUUAUGUGACAAUCUAAGCUCUGCUCUGGGGGGAAACCAAAACCUGUGCUGCUGGUGGUGCCUCUUUCCCCCUCCUGUCAGACAGUCAGUCCCACUGAGACAUCCUUGCUCUGGAGCAGCUCCAGGAUCCCAGCCCAGCCCAGCCCGCUGUGU